AUGCGUUCCAAGGGCCCCACCGCACUCAACACAGUGCGCGGCUUCAACGGCACUCCCGUAGCCUCUGGCGAUGAGGAUUCGGACUCCUUCCCAACGCCCCAGUCUGGGCAGAAGGCUCGGAAGGGCCGCACAAAGCGGGCGGGAAAGACCCAUGCCAUAGACGAUGUCGUCAGCGCCAAUUGCAGCCCCUCUCUACGCCCUCUGGCCCCUCAGGGCGGCCUAAGCGGCAUCAGCAAGCUACGGAUGCAACUUGAUACAUUGCAUAUCGACUCUGGAUCGACUGCCAAUUCAACCGCUACCUCGUCCCGCACUGCCUCUCUGACGUGCAGCGAGAAUUUUCGCUCGCCCGUCCCUAGCGAUACAACCACGGCUAGCUGCGGCCGAGACAGCGGCUACAAGACCCGCACCGAGAGUAGCCUCAGCAGCGAAGACGAUACAGCUUCCCAGAGCAGCACCCGGUACGAGAUUAAUUUGCAGGAUGAUUUUGAAAGCGAGGCCAACGGUCGCACCGUUGAGGACCCCGUCCCUUCUCGUCGUAAGAUGACGACGGAGGAUUUUGAGCCUCUUCGAUGCCUAGGCAAGGGUACCUACGGAACAGUCUUGUUGGUGAAGCAGCGCGCAACCGGACGACUGUAUGCUCAGAAACAGUUCAAAAAGGCCUCGCUUAUCGUACACAAGAAGCUGGUUGAGCAGACCAAGACCGAGCGCCAGAUUCUAGAGAGCGUCAACCGGCAUCCCUUCGUCGUCAAACUGUAUUACGCUUUUCAGGACCAGGAGAAGCUCUACUUGAUUCUAGAAUACGGUCAGGGCGGCGAGCUGUUUACUCACUUGAGCACGGAGCGCAUGUUCUCCGAGGACACGGCGGCGUUCUACAUGGCCGAGAUGGUGCUGGCGUUGACCCACCUCCAUACCGAUCUAGGCGUGGUUUACCGUGACCUUAAACCCGAAAACUGCCUUCUCGACUCCGAGGGUCACCUGCUGCUGACGGACUUUGGCCUCUCCAAGGUUGCUGUCGACUCAGACGCGUGCAACUCGAUACUCGGCACAGUCGAGUACAUGGCGCCUGAGGUCAUUCAGGGCAAGAAGUACGGCCGGGCCGUGGACUGGUGGUCGCUGGGGGCGCUGGGGUUCGACCUUAUGACGGGACACCCCCCCUUCCGCGGAGCAAACCACGCCAAGAUCCAGGACAACAUUGUGCGCCAAAAGCUCGCCCUACCCUUCUUCCUUAGCCCUGACGCUAAGGAUCUGCUUACUCGCCUGCUGCGCAAGGACCCUGCCAAACGCCUCGGCUUCAACAUGCCGAAGGACCUGGCGACGAUCAAAAAGCACCGAUUCUUCCGCAAGAUCGAUUGGAAACUCCUCGCCGCACGCGAGCUCGAGCCUCCGAUCCAGCCUCUCAUCACAGAUCCGGAGCUGGCCGAGAACUUUGCACCCGAGUUCACCGAGCUCAGCCUGAGCCCUGUUGUUACUCGUUUUGCGGAUGCAAUGAACGGUGAUCGCAGCGGCGGUCCGUGGGACGAUGCCGGCGGCGACGGGCUCGCUAAGGACGAUCCGUUCGGCGGCUUCAGCUUUGUUGCGUCAAGCAGCUUGCUCGAGAGCCAUGGGUUCCGGAUUCCGGCUUGA